GGCGUACCCAUUGGAUGGUUCGUUGCACCAACACUUUAGAUCGAUGAAGCCUAGUCAUUAUAAGGUCCAAGUUGAUUGUAUUUACGACGGACAUGAUGAUGACACUCUUCCGGUACCUACUGGAGAUGGAUUCAAUAACUUAGGCAGGGCUCUUGCUAGUUUUGUGCAAUGGCCAAUUCACUUGGUGAUUUUCGAAGAAGACGAGGAGUACUCUACUCCACGCCCAACAAAGAAGUCCAGGAGUCAGAUUUUUGAAGAGGUGGUUGGUAGCUCCAAAGGGAAGAAAAACGAAUUAAUUGUCAAAGAGAAGACAACAGAAUUAGUUGUCAAAGAUAAGACAACAGAAUUAAUUGUCAAAGAGAAGGCAACACUUGAUUUAGGGUCCAAAGAGAAGACAACACUGAAGUUAACGGCCAAGGGAAAUUCAUGCUCAAAUAAGUUGGAGUCGAAAUCGAAGUCGAAGAACUCUAAGACGGCCAAAGAGAUGGUAGGUAGUUGUGAUCGUAAAACUGAAGAAUCAGCCGCCAAAAGUAAGAAGCAAAAUUUGGCAGACGACACAAUUCAAGGUCUUGGCCCAUCAUGCAAUUAUUUGAAGUUUAUCAUCAAUACGGCGCCCGGUGAUGUAUAUAAAAAUACUUCAAUCCCAUUGCCCGCUUCGGUUUGGCAUUAUGACGAAGAUCGACAAACUUAUGUAAAUGAGGUUGACGUUGAAGAGUUCCUUAGAGGGGCGUGCCUCAACAUUUCAGUGAUCCAAGUCUAUAUGAUGUGUUUAUUCCACGAACACACCUUUGCAUUUGACAACUCUCAGAUUGGGUUUGUUUGUCCCGAGGCAAUGUCAAGCUCUAGAAUCAAGGCCAACCCUCAGGCUGCAUCAAUGUAUUUGAAAGUAGUUUUCAAUGCUGAAAUUGAAAAGGAGAAGAAGGGUGAUCCUAACAUUACCAAGUGGUUUUUGAUCCCAUACCAUCAAGAAAAUCAUUGGAUUUUGUACGUGUUAGACCUACGUAGAGGUUGUGCGUAUAUUUUCGACUCUGCGAUAGGUUCCAACCGAGAAAAUAGUGCAUGGGGAAUCUUGUGUUUGGCAUACCAAGUGUACAAGUUUAAUGAUGGGAUUUGUCCGAAUAGAGCGACUAUGCAGGGGUUGAAAGGCUUCCAUGUAAAGUGUGCUCAACAAGUCGGCGCCCACGAGUGUGGCUAUUACGUUAUGAAGUUCAUGCAUGAAAUAGUCACGUUACACCAUAACACUGAUGAGCGGUUAGACAAUGCUUACACUCCAAGAAAUGCGCCUUAUACCGAUGAGGAAAUAGAUGUGGUUCGUGAGCAAUGGGCUAAGUUUUUUACAACCGAGUAUUUAUUUACUUAGGUUGUUUAGACACAAAGAUGGAAGCGUUUAUAUCUUCAUGGAUUUGGCUAGGGAUCGAGUCGAUUGGAAGAAAGUCAACACGACCUUACUUAAGGUUUGUAAUGCAUGAUCUAAAGGGACCUAAGUGGCUGGAUUAGAGACAUUUGUUAGAUUAGCUCUCUAGCCUUUUGUCUUUAGUUGUUAAUAUUAGUUGUAAUUUGUUAGACUAGCUAGGUGUUUAAAAAUUGUAAACAUACGUACUAUAUAUACGCUUUGCUCUGUUGGGUUAAUAUAAAUG